GUGUGCUGACUUUCGUAACCCUUGAAAUGAAUGAUACGCAAUAACUCAAGAAUCGCAAUAACUUCGGACAGCCUGUCGGCCCAACCGGCAGCCUGAAAAACCACACGCCUAACCCAUCGAUAGUCAUAUAAAGACACAUUGAAUGGCUGGAACUAGUCACCAGCCGACGUCUGCAUUUCUCCAUGGUUUCCACACUCUCUGUUCUGCUUCUUGCGGCCUCAGCUGUGACCUCUGUCACUGCCCAUGCAGGACCAGCUCCAGUUAACUGGAAACGCGACAAUCUGGAAGCUCGAGCAUCUCUCGAGAAACGAUGCGGUUCUGUUCUUGCUGCCCGCCGUGCGAAGCGGUCUCUUCAAGCCUCGGAGAGUGUUAGGCGGAGAAGUGACAUCAUUCCUAGGCAAACCUCUAGUAAUGAUAGUACUUGCUUCGUCACUCCCGAGGUCACACAGGGUCCGUACCAUAUCUUGGCUGAAAUCGUACGCCAGAACAUGACUGAAGGCCAACCCGGGGUCCCUCUUGAAGUCUCUGUGGAUUUCAUCGACAUCGACACUUGUGAUCCCGUACAAGUCUGGGUUGAUGCUUGGCAUGCGAACGCGACAGGUUAUUAUGCCGGAUAUGUCGCGUCUACUGGUUCUGGCAUUGGCAGCGGUGCACCCUCCGGGGGAACCCCGAGUGGUGGUGCACCUGGACCGUCGACGGCAACAGCAACAGCAACAGCGAGUCUGGGCCCUUAUGAUGGUGCAGACUCUUACGACGCAAUGGAUUUCCUCAACACGGCUGUCGGUGACAACAGUACUUUCCUACGCGGUGUGUGGCAGACCGACGAAGAUGGCCACUUGACUAUGUAUUCCAUUUUCCCCGGCUGGUAUUCGGGCCGCGCGCAACAUUUCCACAUAAAAGCGUACCCUGAAGGAGAAAUUGCAGAAAAUGGCACUUUCAUUGCCACCGGAAGUGCAGUCCAUACAGGUCAAUUUUUCUUCGAUAAUGCUACUUUAGAAGCUGUCGCCGUCCUUGAAGAGUAUGCUGCGAACUCUAUUUCAUGGGCUGACGCUGUUACCAAUGACGCUGAUAUGUGGUAUCCUUACCAGUCAGCUACGGGCUACAAUGCAGAGAUGGAUAUCACCUGGGUCGGCGAGGAUAUCACAGAUGGACUCAUUGGUAGUAUCACUGUUGCAUUGAAUAUGUCUUACUCGAGUCCUGAACUCAGCACUCAAUACGCCGACUUUGAUCUGGAUGAAUACCUAUCAGCUAGUCUUCUACCUUCUGCCUCGCUAAGUGCAUGAAUACGGGAUGUUAAGUGUAGUAGAGUCUAUUUUUUGUAGAACCUGUUUCUUUGGAUUAUGCCUACUGGAAAAUAUUUUACCUUGACC